AGAGCGGCGCGAGGCCGCGCCGUGCCGGGCGCUGGUGGCGCCGCGAUCGCGGUAACGGUGCGGGCCCGGUGCGCUCCCGGUGCGCUCACUGUGUGCUCCGCUCCUCUCCGCUCCGCUCCGCCAUGCCAGCGCCGCCCGCAGGGCUUGCCAGGUAGAGAUCUCUGCAGUCCUCCUUCAGACUGUCUGGCCAAGCUGCGUCUGUCCACGUCCUUCAGGAGCCCGGGCCCAGCUGAAUUCCACCUGUGACCCUUCUGAGCAGAGCGUGGAUGUCGGGCACAGGGGCUGAUGCAGAGGAGGCUGCAUGGCAGUGAGCUGGCACUGUUCUGAAUUUCUGCCCUGUGCCAGUGAGGUCACACCUGUGUGGCACCUGUGCCUUCCCUGUGGGUGGUGGUGAACCUGAGCCACGCCGAGUGUCACCUGGUGUUUUGUGCCACAGGGAGAGGCAGAGUGUAAGGAUCAGGCUUUGUGAUGCUGCUGCACGUGUUAGAUGUAGUUUUGGUGUUUCCUAGGUUUUUUGGCAGCCUCUCUGUUGUUCACAGUGUUCUAUUAGCGUGAGGGCCAACCUUUCACUGUUGGAGUCGGUGAUUCCAGGGGAUUUGUUUCUGUUUAGGUUUGGAGCAGCACGGAAGGGAGGCAGCGCUGCUCUCUGUGGUUGCCUGGCUGUGGGCAGGCAUGGCCCAGGCCCUGCCGGCGCUGGCUGUGUGCUGCUGCUCCCCACGGGCCCCGGGGCGUUGCUGCGGGCUGCAGGGCUGAUGCGGUAGCGGCAGGGCCGGCUCCGGCUGCUCUCACCGUCUGUUCCUGGCACGGAGCGGCAGCGCCAUGGCUCUGGCAGCCCCCGAGGAGGCGCUGGGCUCCUCGGGCAAGCACUACGUGUGCGGGCUGUGCGCGGCCUUCACCAACAUCGCGGUGACGUUCCCCAUCCAGAAGGUGCUGUUCCGGCAGCAGCUGUACGGGCUGCGCGCCCGCGAGGCCGUGCGCCAGCUGCGCCGCGAUGGGCUGCGCACGCUCUACCGCGGCAUCCUGCCCCCGCUGCUGCAGAAAACCACCACGCUGGCCCUCAUGUUCGGCCUCUACGAGGAUUUCUCGGCGCUGCUGCUGAGCCAUGCCCGCGCCCCCGAGCUGCUGACGCGCAGCGUGGCCGCCGCGCUGGCCGGCACCACCGAGGCCGUGCUGACGCCCUUCGAGCGUGUGCAGACGCUGCUGCAGGACUACAAGCACCACGACAAGUUCACAAACACUUACCAGGCUUUCAGGGUGCUGAGGGCCUACGGGGUGCGGGAGUACUACCGGGGAUUGGUGCCCAUUCUGCUGCGUAACGGGCCCAGCAACGUGCUCUUCUUUGGGCUGCGCGGGCCCAUCAAGCAGUGUCUGCCCGAGGCCACCUCGCACAGCUCUCACCUGGUCAACGACUUCAUCUGCGGGGGGCUGCUGGGCGCCCUGCUGGGCUUCCUCUUCUUCCCUGUGAACGUGGUAAAGACUCGCAUGCAAGCUCAGAUCGGUGGCGAGUUCCAGUCCUUCUCCAAAGUGUUAGUGAAGAUCUGGCUGGAGCGUGACAGGAAGGUGAUCCACCUGUUCCGAGGAGCCCACCUGAACUACCACCGCUCUCUGCUGUCCUGGGGGAUCAUCAAUGCCACCUACGAGUUCCUGCUGAAGCUGCUGUGAGCCAUCCUGCUCGCGGGGCACCAGCACUCAGUGUCCUCAGUCCCAGGGAGCAGUGCCUGUGCCUGUGACAGGUAAUUCCUCCCAGCCUUCCGUAUUUAUGGGGUGAAUGGUGAUGCAUUUAAACCUUGGUGCAAUUAUGAUGAACUUCCUAAAGUAUUCCUUUGCUGGCAGGUGAGCUUACCCAUAACAGAGCUACCAGACAAACACAAGGUGUAAAAGAGGAAAGAGAUGUAGUCUGUAUCACUCCCAAAAUUGCGCUAUGCUUUGUGGUGGGAUGCACUCCACUGCCCAUGUUUAGAAUAUGAGAAUCAAGGAGGAGCUGAAGAAAAACAAUUCCAUUGCCUGAUCAUCUUCCCAGUCUCGAUUUUGGAACUGCAUUUUCAGGUGUUUUGGGGUCCUGAUUACUUUGUGUGAAGCUCAAAGGACAGAUACAGAAGGGGAUCGCUGAAGUGCAGAGCUCCCAGCUGCACCUCAGCCUGCUGCAGCCGCUGCAGGGUGCAGCCUGUGGUGACCAUGUCCUCCAGCCGUGGCACUGAACGUGUGACCUCAGCCCGGGCUGGAUCUGUGUGUGUGUGUGCGUGUUUGUACGUGUGCCUUCCUGUGAAAAGGGAAAAGUGGAAGGAAUGGGACAGCAAACUCACUAAAGCUUUAAAGUGUCCUUCCUCGUUAAAAAACAUGGAGUUUGUUCUGCUUUUUCUGAGGACUUUUUAUUUUUUAAUUGCUGCUUUUUCUGUUGCCUCCAGCUGCAGGAUCAGGGAGGUGUCCCUGUGUGUAAGGACACUCCAGCUCCUGCAGCUGCUCAAGCACUUCACAGGCUUUUUGCACUGCCAUGUCUUGUCUUUUCUCAGCUCCCUCUGUGGAAUUACCGAUCACAAGGUGUUUGUACCCAAAACUUGGGGUUCUGCCUGCUUGGUGUGUUCUGUUAAAGGUUCUGCAACACAGGAGUGGCACAGGCAAGGUGAGAUCCUGGGUGACCUGCUUCAGUGGAGGUCUGUAGGUAGAGUGGAGACGAAAAGCCAAAGAUGACCUUGGAAGCAGGGAGCAGGAAAGGUGGAGUGCUUGGAGACGUGUUUCAGGACUUCUGUAGGCAAACAUUGAAAGGGACUGACAGAAAUCUGUGUCUUAACAGAUGCAGGAGUUGGGAGAGAGGAGAAUUGAGGCUUUAGAUACAGGGACAGAAGAGCGAGCACAACCCUGAGUAGAUGAGGGUCCCAGCAAAAGUGUUUAAGUCUCCCUGAGGGAUUCCUUUUUAAUUAAACUAUACAUUCAGAUAUAAACCAAAACACUUUGGAUGAUGGGGAGCAGCAAAGCUUUCAGACACUACUUUGAAUUUCGUCUUUUCUUAAGUUUUGGAGAGGCUAUUGCUUUUCUGAAUUUGAGUUUUCCAUUUGCCAAAACUGUCUUCUGGAAUCAAUCCUAAUCAGUGUGUUGUAAUCAUACAGUCCUGAGCUUCAGACAGCAUGGGUGGGCACAAGCGCGAGUUCCUGCAUCCCAGUGGUGAUUAUCCAUCUAAAUAAAAUGUUUACUGGAUGUUUGUUACUGGCAGAAUCUGAUUUUUACCAGUGUACCUUCUUUUUGUAAUCACUCCUUGAUGGAAUAAAAACAAAAAUCUGCAUC